CCCCCCCCCCCGUCCCGCAGUAGCCAUGGCAACGCCUUGGGUUUUGUAUGUUUUCUUAUUUCUUUUUUCUUUUUUUCGUUCUUCCCCCCGCCCUCCCCAAACAAACACACACACCCCUCACCUCCCGAAACGGCCCAAAACGGGGAAGGGGGAGAGGAGCGCGGGCGGGCCGUGGAGGGCGCGGCUACUCGGGGCAUUACGGUAGCGGAGCGCGGUCGCGGGCAUGGAGCGGCGCGGCGGCGGGCUGCUGGCGGCGGGUAAGGCCCGGGGGGUACCAAGGAGGGUCCCGGGGGGGCCCCGCCCGCCCCUCCGCCCCUUCAUCCGCCCCUCCGCCCCUUCAUCCGCCCCUCCGCUUCCUCGCAGCCUGGCGGAGCCUGUGGGAGCGCGGCCCCCGCCAUGGCGGCGGCCCGCGGGGCCCGGCCCGGUCCGGCCUCCCCGGGCAGAAGACGGCGCGGGCCGCACAGUCGACGCUUCCAUCCCGGAUCCAAGGGACCAGGCCCUUCUCGUUGUCUGCUGCUGCCAGGGCCCUUCUGGGAAGGGGCAGGUGGGGAGGCGACGGUGGGAAGCAGCAGCUCACUCUGCAGGAGGUGGCACAACUGAUUCGGCAGCAGGAGUGUCGCCGGGUGGUAGUGAUGGCUGGCGCUGGGAUUAGCACCCCCAGCGGCAUCCCGGAUUUUAGGUCCCCAGGGAGUGGCCUCUACAGUAACCUUGAGCAGUACAACAUCCCUUACCCAGAAGCCAUCUUUGAACUGACGUAUUUCUUUGUCAACCCUAAGCCCUUUUUCACUUUGGCCAAGGAGCUCUACCCUGGCAACUACAGACCCAACUACGCCCACUAUUUCCUGAGACUCCUGCAUGAAAAAGGGCUCCUCCUGCGCCUCUAUACCCAGAAUAUUGACGGGCUGGAGAGAGUUGCUGGGAUCCCACCCGAUAAACUGGUGGAAGCCCACGGCACCUUUGCCACUGCCACUUGUACGGUCUGUCGAAGGAAGUUCCCAGGAGAGGACUUCAGGGGGGACGUCAUGGCAGACAGGAUCCCUCACUGUCCUGUCUGCACGGGAAUCAUCAAGCCUGACAUCGUGUUCUUUGGCGAGGAGCUCCCGCAGCGCUUCUUCCUGCAUGUGACAGACUUCCCCAUGGCAGACCUGCUUUUCGUCAUCGGAACGUCCCUGGAGGUGGAGCCCUUUGCCAGCUUGGCAGGAGCCGUGCGCAGCUCCGUUCCCCGAGUCCUGAUCAACCGAGACCUCGUAGGACCCUUCUCUUGGCAGCAGCGCCACAACGACGUAGCCCAGCUGGGGGACGUGGUCAGGGGCAUCGAGAAGCUGGUGAAGCUGCUGGACUGGACUGAAGAGAUGCAAACGCUGAUUCAGAAGGAAAAAGAAAAGCUGGAUGCAAAAGACAAAUAGGAGAGCUGGCUCCCUGCUGCUGCUGAGCGACGUUCACCUCGAGGAGGAGACCUCAUGCCCAGCGCAGGCAGAGGAAGGGAUGGUGGCCAGGAGCCGUGGCAGAGGCCACCCGGCCCGCUGCGGGGGGUGCCUGUAGCUCAGUGAAGCCAAGCUGGGCAGCCCCCAUGACGGCAGGGAAGCCCAAAUGCCGAGCCACAAACUGGUUCUGCGCAUGAAGGCUUUCCUACCUGAGACUUCAGAACAGUGGAUCAGCCACCGAGCACUGUUCCUGCCUCGGAGAGGCACCCCCGGAGGGGCUUCCUCGUCCCCGGUGCUGGCUCUGUCCCCCCCGCCAGCGCACCCUCUGACCACAUCCAGCCACGAGAGCUUCACCAGGACGUGGCCGGGAGCCCGUGGGCUUGUGCCAGCACAUCAGGCGAGCCGUGCAUCUGCAGCUUGCCCUUUGGGCCUCCCUCUUUGAGCCGUCCAGCCCCAGGGACCCCAGCAGGGUUUGCUUCCUGAGGAGCAGGAGCUGAAAGUUCCAUGAGGGCCAGGCCUUAGGGCAGGACGCUCUGGAGUGAGUUUUCCAGCUCCCCACACUGGACUGAGCAUCUACCUACUCCUUUCUCAGCUCCUCCUCAGAUACUCUCCUCUUAGUCAUGAUCUUCAGCUGCUGCAGACUUGUAGUGUUUAUUCUUCACAUGGGAUCUCUGAUAAUCAGGGGACAAAUGCUCUCAGGGUGGGGAGGAGGCUGCCCCCCAUUCCUAUUCAGGAAUGCCAGCUGACAGUGCUGGAAGAAUUUUGAAUCACUAUAGUGUUAAUUAUUUAAUAAUAAAAAGGUUCUAAUUCUUU